UUGCUCCUGCUGCAACUCAGUGGCGGGCCCUUCGCAGGCAGCAACAGACAGCGACAGCGCCCGGGCCUGCCGGGCCCUCCUGCCAUCCCGUGGCCAAAGGGGUGCUUUGGAACCGUUAGAGAAUCAUCAGGGAUUUGGUGCACAUGUUUCCUAUCCCCUCAACUUCAUUCCUACUUCUUUGCCACCCAAACCGCACACCCCCGACCCCAAAAGCGCGGGGCUCUCGCCUCCGACGCAGCCACGCUUUAGCCAUCAAGGUCUCCAGCCGCUGCGCUCGGCGGGGAGUCAGCGCAGGGCCAGGGCCCCAAGGAGCGGCAGGGGUGUGGGCGGAGAAUCAGAGCGAGAGCCGCCAGAAAGUGGUGGGGAUACUAGAUCUGCGACCCCUGGCCCGCUAGAAUCCUGGAGGGGACGCGCUCCCCGUCCGUCAGUCUCAGGCAGGGUCCUAGAUGCGAGAGGAGCGGCUGGAGCGGGGUCGGAGCGCACACCUUCCGGGCUCCCCAGAAGUUCCCAGGCUGCAAAGGGACCUCACCGGUAGUUCCAAUUCCCUUUAUCCCUGAUCCGGGUGUUGGAGGCCACUUGCAAACAACUCAGCCCCCUCCCCCGCGGUACCAGCGCGCUCCCAGAGUGCAGACCUCCUAUAAACACACAGGCAGUUACUGCUUUUUCAACUCCGCGCCGAACGCUUUACUCUUUGCGAUCGGAUGCUUCCCUCUUUCCUCUCUCGUCUCGAAUUUUCCUUCAUUCUUCUAUUUUAUUUUUCUCUUUCUCUCAUUUUCUUAAGGUGCGCGAGCGUUGCGGGCGCCGCAUGUUGGCUGCGGCCCGCUUCCUGCUUUCUAAUGUUCCAUUGUGAGGAGCUUCCAUUGUGACGUCGCGCCCCUUCGGCUGGGCUUUGUCUGUCCAUAUAUGGGCAGCUACGUCACGGAGCUUUCCCGGGGCUCAGAUAAAUAGGCUGGUGGAGUUCCCUGGCUGGGAGCUUUUGGGCAGCAGUGAGCUUGCUAGGAAGCGGCGGGGCUGGUGGUGGUGGUAGCAGCGGCAGCAGCAGCGGCAGAGGCGGCGGCGGCGGCAGUGGCGGCGGUGGCGGUGGCGGCACGGGGGGCGGGGGGGCCGCCGGCGCGCAUCUGUUUGUGAGAUCAAUACUGAGGCCGCGUCCAUCCCCCUCGGGCCGAGAUUCCCCCAGCCCGGGCCGCCCCCCCACCAACCCCCCCCGCACACGCCCCCCCCCCCAGCCUCUUACGGCACCAGCUGAGGCACCCAAGAGGAUUACCCCCUUUUGCCCCAUCUCCCACCCACCCCAAAAAGAGAAGAUCCCCUCCCCUGGCCCACCCCUUCCCCUCUUCCCUCCCCCUCCCCCCGAACUUUCCCUCUCGCAUGCUUUUCCCCUGCACCACGGAUCGCCUCUCGGAUGCCGCUUGCCUGGAAGCUGCGUUAGGAGCGAGCGGCGGCGGUGGCGGCGGUGGCGGCGGCGGCAGCUCGGGAGUGCUAUGACCGGCAAACUCGCCGAGAAGCUGCCGGUGACCAUGAGCAGUUUGCUAAACCAACUGCCUGACAAUCUGUACCCCGAGGAGAUCCCCAGCGCGCUCAACCUCUUCUCUGGCAGCAGCGACUCGGUAGCCCAUUAUAAUCAGAUGGCUACAGAGAAUGUGAUGGACAUCGGUCUGACCAACGAGAAGCCCAACCCGGAACUCUCUUAUUCGGGCUCCUUCCAGCCAGCCCCCGGCAACAAGACCGUGACCUACUUGGGAAAGUUCGCCUUCGACUCCCCUUCCAACUGGUGUCAGGACAACAUCAUUAGCCUCAUGAGCGCCGGCAUCUUGGGGGUGCCCCCUGCCUCAGGGGCACUCAGCACGCAGACCUCCACGGCCAGCAUGGUGCAGCCGCCGCAGGGCGACGUGGAGGCCAUGUACCCGGCGCUGCCCCCCUAUUCUAACUGCAGUGAUCUCUACUCGGAGCCUGUGUCUUUCCACGACCCCCAAGGCAACCCCGGGCUCGCCUAUUCCCCCCAGGAUUACCAAUCGGCCAAGCCGGCCUUGGACAGCAAUCUCUUCCCCAUGAUUCCUGACUACAACCUAUACCACCACCCCAACGACAUGGGCUCCAUUCCGGAGCACAAGCCCUUCCAGGGCAUGGACCCCAUCCGGGUCAACCCGCCCCCUAUUACCCCCCUGGAGACCAUCAAGGCGUUCAAAGACAAGCAGAUCCACCCGGGCUUUGGCAGCCUGCCCCAGCCGCCGCUCACGCUCAAGCCCAUCCGGCCCCGCAAGUAUCCCAACCGACCCAGCAAGACCCCGCUCCACGAGCGGCCCCACGCGUGCCCGGCGGAGGGCUGCGACCGCCGUUUCAGUCGCUCGGACGAGCUGACCCGGCACCUGCGCAUCCACACGGGCCACAAGCCCUUCCAGUGCCGGAUCUGCAUGCGGAGCUUCAGUCGCAGCGACCACCUUACCACUCACAUCCGCACGCAUACGGGCGAGAAGCCCUUUGCCUGCGAGUUCUGUGGGCGCAAGUUUGCGCGCAGCGACGAGCGCAAGCGCCACGCCAAGAUCCACCUCAAGCAAAAGGAGAAGAAAGCGGAGAAGGGGGGUGCGCCCUCUGCGUCCUCGGCGCCCCCCGUGUCCCUGGCCCCUGUGGUCACCACCUGCGCCUGAGGCUCGGGCCCCCAGAUCCCCACUUUUCCCCUGCAGUGUCUCCCAGCUGCUCGCCUGAAAGCAGCGGGGAAAGCUAGCCACGGAGGCGCAGGGGCCGCGCCCUGGCCUCUCCAUGGACGUAAGGUCCCUUGUUCCCCUUCGAUGUCCCCCGUUUCCACCCUUUCACACCGGCCAACGGUCGGGGGCCAGGGCAGGAGGCGCCCUCCCUUCGCUGCCCCCCCUUAACCAAGGCGUGGGGGCGGAAAGGUGGCGUCUAGCCCGCUUUGUUCAGUGCGGAUCGUCUUGAUCCAGGGGCCGCUGGGCCGCGCCAAGGACCUGCGGGGGACUGAAGGCGGGGCCCGCCCAAGCCUCGCCCGACCCAAGCACCUCACGGUUCCCCCCACGUCUCCCUCGGUUCCCCCUCGAAGACCCGAGAGGGGGAGGGGGUAAGGAGCGCACCAAAGCGCAGAGCUUGCUGCCCGCCGCACGCACGCGCGCCUGCGUGCGGUGAUGCGCGCGAGUGUGCGUGCUCGCGUGAGUGUUAUGUGUGUGGGUGUGUGGGUGUGCGCGCGCGCGCACGCGUGUGUGUGCGUGUGUGUGUGUGUGUGUGUGAGAGACUCUUGAGCUGAACUGGGCUGUGUCCACCCCAAACUCUUCCCUACAUCGGGUCCCCAGGCCGCUGGGGGAAUGUCCCAGGUUGGGGGCCUGCACGUGGCCGGAGGAGACGGUCUUCCAUCUGCUCGGAAAUCAUGUUUCUUACAGAAAUGCCUCAGAUGCCCGCCGUGGGGCUUCUACCGCCGUAUAGGGGUGACCCCUCAGCACCCCUCCUUUUCCGAGCGCUUCCCUCUCAGGCCUCAGGGCAGUUUGAUCUGCGGGGAGAAGGAGCAGCCAUCACUAAACCUGCCUUGUAACAGAUCUAUGUCCUCAAGCCCCACUUUCCAAAAGCUGUGUUGCUGAGUUCGCUCCUCUGCCCUUUUCCCCUCUCCUCUCCCUUCUCUCUAAAGCUCUCCCCAUCUCUUUCAAAAUCUUCUUGCAGAAAGGCAGGCCUCAACCAGCCACCUCAUUUCACCAUCUUUCUGUUUUCGCUCACUCAUACCCAUUUCUCCUUCUCCUCAGUGAUGGGAAAGCAGGCUCAUUUUUUCAUCCUUUGUCAUUGCCCACACAACAGGUAGAAUUCAAAGCUGUGUAUAUGGUGUGUGUGUGUGUGUGUGUGUGUGUGCGCGCGUGUGUGUAUAUACACACGCACAUACAUACAUACAUAUACAUAUAUAUAUAACACACAACAUGUUCUCUCAGCAAAAUAAAAUCUCCAAGGCACUUGGCGAUCCAGUGCAGUGCACUGGAGUAAAGAGAAUUUGUAGGUAUAUAAGCUUUAAAUGAUUUAUUUUUUAUGAAAAAUUUAACCGAUGAGAUUAUAUCUACAUAGGUGUGUGUGUAUAUAUAUACACAUAUAUAUGUAUGUACGUGUACGUGCACGUACAUUUACACAUACACACAUCUCUGUCCAAAUUUUCCCUAAAAAUAUGGGUAUUUUUGCAUUCAUCCCUGUUGCUGAAAUGAGGCAUUAUCUUUUCCGCACCCAGCUCUCACUUUCUCCCUGCCCUACCUCACCUUUUCUCAGGCCAACCCCCCCUCCCUAGCACUUCCUCCCCACACACACAGGGGUUAACUCUUUUGAAAUGGAGUAGUAGGGAAGGUUGCUCUCUGACACAGCUUCCAGCAGUCUUGACUGAAUGUACUGUUCCCUCUUAGCGUUAUUUCUCCUGCGGUCACUAAGCUGCCCAGAGAGAAGGAACAAAGGUCUGGAGUUUACAGAAUGUCUGUUUUUAAAGUCACUUUAUGCGUUUCCCACUUUUUUUUUUUUUUUUAA